AUGCACGUGCAGAAAUUCCCUCUUUCGCCCCCCUCCCUCGAUGAACUGGCCCAGAAGCUCCGAGAGCCUCUUGUGGCUAACUACGAACAUUCCACAGUCACUAUUGUCCAAUGCCCCGACUUAAGGGAAGCCCCGUUCAAUUUGGCCACUGAAGGUCUGUCGGGUGACGAGAAAGUCGCUGAUGUUGGCGGUCAACCAAAUCUCUUCCCGCUUCCUCGCCUAGACACCAUUUGGUCGAUGGCUGACAUUGCAAAAUCCAUGGAGAUGAGCCCUGAGAGGGGAAGCUUGAUUGGUGCAGGUGCCGGUCCGUUUCAUAAAAUCGGGUUAAACUGCGAGCUUUCGCCCAACAUGAGCUGGGAAAGAGGUCUUGAUAAUAUCAACAACCAGACCAAGUAUGCCAAGAUUAGCUCAGAGACCGGUCAUGUGUGUAUCGAGAACAGUCCAACAAUGGACUGCGCGCUGAUGCUGAAUCUUUACGGCUCAGUAGGCGGGCCAGGCCCUGUCAUUAAAGUCACCGCCCGGCAGCGCAAGGGUAGUGAAAAGAGCUUUACCGAGUGUAUACGCAAAGCCCUGUAUGCUGCCUAUGGAGAUUCCCAGACGAUAAGUCUAGGAGGGGUCUUCUUGAUCAAGUCGGGAAGGACUCACUACCACGUCAUGCCAGACUUCCCUUCGGAAAACGAGCUUCCAUUCAAGGAUUUCGCCCAGCUCAACAACUGGUUGACAUAUCAUGAUUUUGACGGACCAGUUGUAUGUAUGUCUGUGCUGCAUUCUGCUGACCCAGACAGGAAGAUGGGUUUGCGACUAGAGCACACACAUGGGUUUUCACCCAAUGGAGGAAAUGCUGGAGGACAUUAUCACUAUGACCUGGAAGGAGGUGGCGAGAUCGAGUACGAGGCCUACUUCAACACGGCGAAGAUGAUCUAUCGACUGGAUAAGCCGGUAGUGACCUUAGAGAAGGAUUUGCAUGAUUGA